AUGGCUUGCUUUGGCAUGAUGCGACGGGUUGCCAUCAUCGGAGGCGGGCCAGCAGGGCUGUCGAUGGCGGAUCAACUUGCGGCCAUCAACGCACGCACCCGCGCUUUUUCGGUGACAUUGUUCGAGCGCCGCACGGGGUUCGGAGGAGUAUGGACGUACGAUGCGGAUCCGGGCAAUUGCGAUGUGCGAUUUGACCGUCACGGUCGGGCACAUGCUUUGUGGGGUGGACGUAAAGACGGCGAUGAUGCAGGGCGAUUCUGCCCCCCGGGGCCGAUGUACGAUGGUCUGCGCACCAACUUGCCGUGCGACAUUAUGACCUACCGUUCCCACCCCUACCCGCCACAAACACCGCUAUUUCCAUCCCGCCAAAUGGUGGAGAAGUACAUUGUCGAUUUCGCCAACACGCUCGAGCCCAUCGACACUCGGCUCGCUACCGCCGUGCAAUCGGUCCGCCGUGUUUCGCACGAUCCAACUGCAGCAGCCAAAAGCAUCGGUGCAGAGAGCAAGUGGGCGGUUCGAUCCAUCGACACCACCACCGGGGUCGAAAGGGAAGAAGAGUUCGAUUGCGUGGUUUUGGCGAGUGGGAGGUGCAAUACCCCGAGCAUACCGUUCGUGAAAGGGCUGUGGGAUUUCCAAGGCACCGUGAUGCACUCGGCAUGGUGGCGAUCCCCCGUUCCCUUCGCAGGGCGUACAGUGUUGGUGGUGGGCAACUCGUCUUCCGGCUCAGACAUCGCGCGCGAGCUAGCAGGAUACAUCCUCCGAACCCUCCCCGAAGGCGACACUGCAACUCGCGACUACAUCGCCCGGUGCGACCGCGAUCCACCACGCAUUCUGCACUCGUAUGAAAAAUUCGACUCUCCACCGCCACUGGACUACGACCCUCGCAGCACUGAUUCUCCCGACUGGACGAAACGCAUCACCGUCGUCCCACGGAUCGACCAUAUUGAAAAAAUGCAGGGUGGGGGGAGUAGGAUCGUGUUCGAGGGUGGAGAGAUACACGAUCAUGUCGACACGAUCAUCUUUGGCACCGGCUACGCGUACGACUUUCCCUACCUCGACCAGGAAGCCGCACCAUUCGAUACACACCCGCUCAUCCCUCAGCCUCCUUCAACACCACCGCAGCAGGUGGGAGGGGAGAUGUACGAACCGCCAUUUCGGACGAGCUCCAAGCUGACGAAUCUCGACGACUGGAGCCUGUUCUACGCUGCGGACGCUUCGAUAUGCGUGCUGGGCGCACCGAUCCGUAUCGUACCCAUGCCGCUCACACAUGUCCAGGCGCGUAUCGUCGCCGCUGCCUGGUCCGGCCACAUCGAUCCACACCCCCACUCGGCACUUCCCAGUCUAGACCCCAGCAUCCCUUCGACCGAUCCGGAGAGGUGGACGUCAAGAUCACCCGCACCCAAGCAGGGUGCGAACUCAACCACCGACUUGGGAUAUCCCUCCGACACGGCGUAUCAAAACGCCCUACUCGCCCUCCUGCCAAAACACCUCGCCUUUCAAGGCGAUGAUGAGGAAACCCAGGUUCCCGAGACACGAAGCAACGAACCUGUGCUGGCCAAAAGCGAGGGCUGGUCCACCAUGCCCACGUUCCGAAACCAGCGUCGACAGGAUACCAAACGCCUCCGUCGUCUCCUCCUCGGCUACUAG